AUUUUCAAUUUUUCACGUGAAAACUUUGUCAAAAUCACUAAAUUUUCGCCUAAAAACCUGAAAUAUUCAGACAAUCAUGUUCCGAAAACUGCUCCAAAAUCAUCCAGAAGAUAUGGAUCGAUACUCAUCAAUAUUGGAUCAAUUGCCACCGUCAGCACUUCCAGAUUGCUAUUUUUCCCGUGAAAAUUGCACGGAAUAAUGGGAUUUUUUUUUUGGUUUUUUUUUCGGUUUUAUUCUCGAAAACGUGUUUGUCAAUACUAAUUAUUGGGUUUUUUUUUCACAAUUUUGCACUUAUUUUCCGCACAAAAUCGGUUAAAAUUCCGGCUUUUUUUUACCUAUUUUCACCCAUUUUUUACCCCAAAAAACCGGAAAAUCCAUAGAAAAUGUGCGAUCGAGACGAUUGUGCAAGUAUCGCGAGCCGCUGCACCGGAGAAACUAUCAUUUGUGCAUUUGUGGAAUCAAUCACACCGCCCAAGAUUCGAGAUAAGACGGGCACCUACGAGCUGAAAUGCCCAUUUGCGGAAGGUUUCACAAUGGAAAUUGGCGAUUUGUUCCUUUUUCACUUUGUUUUCGAUGGCUCCUCGGAGAAAUGCACACGUUUGACGCCGAUUCCAAAGAUGUUGGCUAUGGUGUACGAGAAAUUGUUGAAGGAUCUUCGAAAAGCUAAAAAAGAGGGGAAAAUGAUCAUCUCACCAACAGCCAACUGAUCAUCUCUCCGUCAUCGUCUGCGUCUCUAAUUUUUUUUUCGCAAAAAUGUUUUUUUGUUUUUUUCUAAAUUUCUCUGUUUCUCUGCUUCCUCGAAAACUUCAAAAUCUCUCGGUUUCUCCCAAUUUUUCUCAUUUAAACUGGUAUUCUUAUCAAAUUUGUUAAUUGGUUUUUUAAAUUUAUUGACUUUUUACUGGUACUUCUCCUUUUUUUUGUAAGUUUUUUUGUACAUUUUUCUAUGAAAAUUCCUUUUUUU